CCCGUAUUUUGUAUACCGAACAAGCGCUGCAUGUCGCCUCGUAAGUUUACUUCAGAAUGAGUACGACGACCAGAGAGAGACAGAUUGGAACGUGGUUUCGAACAGGUUUCUAUGGCCAUUCCCGGAGUAAACCGAGGGCAGACUGUGACUACGAGUACAGACGUGCUGUGAAGCCAAAACCUCCCAUCAAAUUCGAAGAGAAAAUGAAGGCUGCAACAGGAUGGCAUCUCUUCUCUCGACACGACAACAAAUAUGUCUUUUUGCAAAGAGGUGUUUACUCAGCACAGGGUGUUGGAAGGCGAGCAAUUCGUAGCAGUCCAGCCUCAACAGAUCAUGAUAUGUUCAGUUGGGGUCCAAGAGUGGAGCCCCAGGAACGUUUCAGAACCUCCUAUCAUCUCAAUUAUACAGAUGGCACACCACUAAGAGCUACAGACACCUUGACAAUAAACUCACACAAAACAAGUGGCAGAAUGUCCGCUCCACCUGUGCUGUACAAACCACCAAAAACUGAUUCAGACAACAAAUUCAAGUCAUGCUACAUGAAAUCAUUUGAAUGGACUCGGCCAGCAACUCUUGGACAAUCCCGUGUCAGAGUAAGCAGCUGCCCGACACCAGUAGAGUCAAGAACUCCUCAGAAUUCCAUUUGCAGCAAUCCAACUUCAACUCCCAACGAAGAGAAUCAAACUUGA